CACCGACACUCUUACUCCCACCCUACCGGCCGCACGAUGGCCAACUAUCUUCCCCUUCUUCUCGUCUCUGUAUCACAUAAUGCCGUACCCGACGAUACCUCCCUCUCCACCCAGGCCCGCGGCCAAGUCGACUACCUCUCCCAUGAGUGGCGUGAAGAGGACGUCUGGCGCUCCUGGCGCAAUAUGACCCGCCAGAAGAACGAGAUCGCAAACGGCGCAAGGUUAGAGAACGCCUCAUGGCGCACUUGGUGGAAACAGCGCAAUAAGCUGAAGACCAUUAGCCCGGAGACUCUGAACUGGCUGAAAGACUCGGACGUCACUUGGCUCUACGGACCCCUACACACUGCCGUCGAUUGGUCUCCUCCCCCAAGACCUCCACCAGAUCCUGACAGUGUCGGUAAAGUUCAGUCUGUUGAGGAUCGUCUAGGACUCACAAGUCACGUUGGCAUCAUCCCCGGGCGGAAACCGAUUCUCAAGCAUCGGUCUAUCGGUGAACUUCUCACCAAUGCUCUACCUAACGCAGCAACGCCCGACGAUAGUCCCGACGAGCUCGAGCCUAUUGAUGAAGAUUACGAAGACGAUUCUGAGGAGCCGCGGCCUCCACUGCUGCACACGAAGAGCGACACCAAUAUCACAAGAUGGGCCGCACGUAAUCAUCCGUUGAGGAAGGACUCGCCUCCGCGUAUCAUAGCGCAACAGUCGCCGAGCGCAAACACGACCGAAUUGUACGAUGCUUCUGUCGACCAGAGGAAUAACCCUCCAAUCGUCGUCGAGCGCUCUGGCUCGAGUGAUUCAGCCAGGGAGACGACGGGAGGGAGUUCGCAGGACUUGAACGGCCAGGCGAGGGCAGGUGGACAGAAGAAACAUAUCAGUUUCAAUACGUUUGUCGAACAGUGCAUCGCUAUCGAUUCGCCACCCAAGUCGAGCAGCUUCGGCGGCCGUAGGAUGACCAGUCCGAAGGCCUAUGACGAAGCGUACGACGAGGGGUCCGUUCCUUUUCCUCUUCUGCACGUUCGGUCCGCACGCUCAUUGAUUUUCCCUUCCUUCUCCUCGCGGGGGAUUCCGCUCGUCGUCGUUCAGGUACGAAGAAGAUUCAGAAGCGGCGUAUAACGAAGACAUCAUGGAAGAGACCUCUUUCUCCGAUCGACGGAACGCCGGGUCGGAUUCAGACGAGGAAGAAGAGGAAGAAGAGGACGACGAAGAUAUCCUCGAGAUGCGCACCUCGUCCACCCGCUCGCGCUCGUCCUCCUCUUCCCGUUCCCCGGGCAACAACGGCAGCGCUAUGUCGCAUUCGUAUCCCGCACGUAUGGUCCGCCCCGCCCUCGCGAGGACGAACUCGUCGGAUAAGGAACAUAUGACGAUCGCGCCGAUCGCGCCUACGAUCCUGAAGACCACGGGCGUUGGCAAUCAGACGACGAUGGGUUACGGCGGGCACGGCUAUGGCCAUGAUGGUACGCCGGGUCAGAUACCGUUGGUGAAUCUGGUGUACGUCCCGCCGUGGAGUAAUCCGAACGGGAACGGAAGCACGACUAGCAGUCCACCCAUGCCUGAAGACGUCUAUCGCCACUCCGAAGCUCGAUUCAGUGUCGGCGGCAAUAACGGCAAUAACGCCAACAACGCCAACGCCAACAACAGGAACGCGUCGCCGAAUUCCGCGUCCGGGUCGGGGUCCGCGCCUGGCUCGAGGUCGGCUUCAGGCUCGCCUUCGGAUAAAGGGGGAGAGGAGGUUUCGCCCGUGCCGAGCGUGGAGGUGAUGCCGCCGCCGGCGCAGUAUGCGGGGAGCGCGACGAGCUCUGGGUCGAAUUCGCCGAGUUCGCCGUAUGCGUAUUCGAGUGGGGUUACGGGGCCGGGGAUUAAUGGGGGGAGGACGCUGGUUGGGGCGGGGAUUAUGAAUAAGAUUCUUGGGGAGGGGGCGAGGGUUGGGGUCGUUGUGGGUGGUGUCGGUGGUGGUAGUGGUAGUGGAAUCAAUAGUAAUGGGGGUGGAGGUGGUGGGGGAAGUGCUAUUGGGAUUGGGAUUGGGUCGAGGAGUUCGUCGAGUUUGGAGGAUGAGAUGGAUGUGGAUGAGGAGGACGGGAUCGAUGAGGAUGUGGAUAAGAAGAGGAUGGAGAGGGAUUUGUUGAGGGAGAGGGAGAGGGAAAUCGAGCGUGAGCGGGAGAGGGAGAAGGAGAGGAAGCAGGUGCAU